ACACUUCCGCCCACGUCCAAGAUGGCGCCUGCGUCGCCUGCCUAACCUUCACGGGGCCUGUCGGCGUCUGACGUGUGAGCUGGUAGGGGUGGAGCGGUAGUAAACAGCAAAUGCAAGCGCUGCUGCGCGGGAGUCGGCCAUGGACUGGAAAGAAGUUCUUCGCCGGCGCUUAGCGACGCCCAGCACCGGUCCAAACAAAAAAAAAAGUGAACAAGAAUUAAAAGAUGAAGAAAUGGAUUUAUUUACCAAAUAUUAUUCAGAAUGGAAAGGUGGUAGAAAAAGCACAAAUGAAUUCUAUAAGACCAUUCCCCGGUUUUAUUAUAGGCUGCCAGCUGAAGAUGAAGUCUUACUACAGAAAUUAAGAGAGGAAUCCAGAGCUGUCUUCCUACAAAGGAAAAGCAGAGAACUAUUAGAUAAUGAAGAAUUACAGAACUUAUGGUUUUUGCUGGACAAACACCAGACACCACCUAUGAUUGGAGAGGAAGCAAUGAUCAAUUAUGAAAAUUUUUUGAAGGUUGGUGAAAAGGCUGGACCAAAGUGCAAGCAAUUUUUCACAGCAAAAGUCUUUGCUAAACUCCUUCAUACAGAUUCAUAUGGAAGAAUUUCCAUCAUGCAAUUCUUUAACUAUGUUAUGAGAAAAGUUUGGCUUCAUCAGACAAGAAUAGGACUCAGUUUAUAUGAUGUUGCUGGGCAAGGGUACCUUCGGGAAUCUGAUUUAGAAAACUACAUAUUGGAACUUAUCCCUACUUUGCCACAAUUAGAUGGGCUGGAAAAAUCCUUUUACUCCUUUUAUGUGUGUACGGCAGUUAGAAAGUUCUUCUUCUUUUUAGACCCUCUAAGAACAGGGAAGAUAAAAAUUCAAGAUAUUUUAGCAUGCAGCUUCCUAGAUGAUUUAUUGGAGCUAAGGGAUGAAGAACUGUCCAAGGAGAGUCAAGAAACAAAUUGGUUUUCUGCUCCUUCUGCCCUAAGAGUUUAUGGCCAGUAUUUGAAUCUUGAUAAAGAUCACAAUGGCAUGCUGAGUAAAGAAGAGCUCUCCCGCUAUGGAACAGCAACUAUGACCAAUGUUUUCUUAGACCGUGUUUUCCAGGAAUGUCUCACUUAUGAUGGAGAAAUGGACUAUAAGACUUACUUGGACUUUGUUCUAGCAUUAGAAAACAGAAAGGAACCUGCAGCUCUGCAAUAUAUUUUCAAACUGCUUGAUAUUGAGAACAAAGGCUAUCUGAAUGUCUUUUCCCUUAAUUAUUUCUUUAGGGCCAUACAAGAACUAAUGAAAAUCCAUGGACAAGAUCCUGUUUCAUUUCAAGAUGUGAAGGAUGAAAUCUUUGACAUGGUAAAACCAAAGGAUCCUUUGAAAAUUUCUCUUCAGGAUUUAAUCAACAGUAAUCAAGGAGACACAGUCACCACCAUUCUAAUUGAUCUAAAUGGCUUCUGGACUUACGAAAACAGGGAAGCUCUUGUUGCAAAUGACAGUGAAAACUCUGGAGACCUUGACGACACAUGAUCUCUGAAAGACUAGACAGUCUUCAUUACGAUAUGCUUGGAUGCUGCAUGCAAAACCUUUGAAGCAGAAUCCUUAGAAAUGGUCUAAAUAAACACUUCCUAUGUCUAGAGAACACA